AUGAGUGACAAUACUACUACCUCAGCACAUCAAAGGACCCCGUCAGAGGCACCUCUUUCCGGAACUGCCUCUCCGGCUAACUCGACGGAUCAACAUCAACAAGAUACAAAUCAUAAGAGGAAAAGAAAAUUCGCCUGUGUUGAAUGUAGACAGCAGAAAUCCAAAUGUGAUGCCUACGAGAAAGCCCCGGAUCCUUGCACGAAAUGUCAGAAGAAAGGAGUCCCCUGUGUUUUGAAGAAGGAUUUUAGAAGAACUUACAAGAGAGCUAGAAAUGAACUCAUUGAGAAAAGAUUCAAAGAAUUAACUAAUUCUCUGACCAAUUUAAGCUCUGAUGAAAUUUUGAAGAAGAUUGAGCAAGAACAAAAUGCACUUUUGGAUAAUAGAAAUUUCACAAAGGAAAAAGUUAAACAAUUGAAGAAAUCAAAUUCGAUCCCAUCAAUAUCUUCAAAUCCUUCUAAAUUGUCCCCCCCAUCAAGCGCCAUGGGAAGUACCACUAACAAUAUACCAAUUCCAUCUUUAAUUAACAUGGUUGGUACUCUAAAAUUUGAUAGAAUGACUGAGGAACAAUUGAAAUGUACUCCGAAGAGUCUGGGUGACAUUUACAUGUCCAGUAGUGAUAUUGCGGAAUUGUUUCAAGAAUAUGCAACCAAAUAUCAUCAAUUCUUACCAGUCGUUGAUCUCUCAAAGGGUGCAGAAAGAAUAUACACAUUAUCACCCUGUUUAUUUUGGGUUAUUUUAUUAAUUGGUUUGAGAAGAAAAUUUGGUGCCAUAGAUUUAAUGACAAGAUUAUCCAGUCUGGUAAAAUCUACUCUGGCGGAAAUUACCAUAUCACCUAUUAUUCGUUAUAAUCCAUCAGAUACAGAUGAGCCAGUAUUGAACGUGGCAUCCGUGUAUUCAGUACAAUCUUUCCUUCUAUAUACAUUUUGGCCGCCAUUAACAUCCUCAUUAAGUGCAGAUACAUCUUGGAAUACUAUCGGGACGGCCAUGUUUCAAGCCAUACGGGUUGGCUUAAAUUGUGCUGAAUUUUCUGAUGAAUAUGCGACGGUAAAUUACGAACUUAUAUCAGAAAAGGUAAGAACCUGGAUUUCGUGUAACGUCGUUUCACAAAUUAUCGCCUCAUCAUUUGGAUUCCCAGCAUACGUAUCAUUCGACCACACAGUAAUGUCCUCCAUAAAGGAUGGUCCCUUGAUCAUAGACACUAACGGUGCUACAACACCUUUACCAAACAUUUCUGUUGAACUGAAACAAAUGGUUCAAAUUUCACAUUUUGAAAAUCAAGUGAUAAAUACAAUGAAUUUGAACCCGGCUACAAAAUUGGGCAUUGUAAGCCCACAGGAGAAACAGCCUUUAUUGCAAGUUCUCACACAACAACUGAACCAAUUAGAAUUAUCACUAAAAGAAAAUAACAUUGAUGAUAUUAGAAAAUUUCUAUUACUGGUAGCCAAAGUUCACUUACUCACGUAUUACUUCACCAAUUCCACUUCUACACAUAAGAUAAAUGAUCAAGAUAUUAAAUCAUUAUCCAUGCCCGAAAUCGAAUCAAAUUUUGAAACUAAACGUGGAUUAGUGAAAGUUUAUAACGCGGCCAUUAAUUUAUUAACUCAUGCAAAUGAAAUGUGGCAAUCAAAUCCUGCAAUAAUUAAAUAUUUUCCCGGGGUGUUCGUAUUGAAUAUAUGGCAAUCCGCUUGUAUCAUUAGUAAGUUGGUUCAUUCAUCAUUAGCCUCAGUAUUGGAUAUCACAAGAGGGAAAAAUGCGUAUCAAAAUGCUGUAUCGUUGACGUUUAAUGCAUCAGUAUUGAAAUAUGAUAUGGCUUACAGAUCAUCAGGAAUUAUGAGAAGCAUAUGGGGGCUGUUUGCAAACAUGCAUGAUGAGUGGAAAAAGGAGAGGAAGGACGAUAUUUCAAAUGAUAUUUUCACAAAUGAUUUUAAUUUAGGUAUAACUGUUAAAUCCAGAAUGGCUGUGAGCGUUUUUUUUGAUUGUCUUUAUAUCUUAAAGGAGAAAUGUGGGAUGGCAAAGUUGAAGCGUGAAAUGCGUAGAUUACAGAAUUACCACGAUGAAGAAGAAGAGGACGAGGACUAUGAAGACGAUGAUGGAUUCGAAGCUGGUAAAAAUGCACAUCACAAGAAGAGAAUAUCAAAGGAACUAGGAACCGUGAAACAUCCUGAAAAGAGAGCCAAAAGAAUUAUUGAAACUAUUCCAUUAGAUCCUCACCCCAUUAAUGCUGGUGGUGUCCACAGUAGUAGUGCUUCAAGCACACCAAGUAAUAAUUUGAAUGAAAUAUUCUCACAUAAGGGAUCAAUUGAUAAAAUAUCGCCGAGGUAUAAUUUACAUUCAAGUAGUUCAACUCAUGCAGUAAAUGGAACAAAUAUCAAGAAUAAUAAUAACAGCGAUCAAAAUGAAACACCUUCAAUAACAGAUGAUAUAAAUUCACCUUCAUCAACAUCAAUUCCAUCCAUCUUUAGUAUUCAACAAGGCAAUCACGAACAAAUAGUGAAGCAUAUUCCAUCGCUUAAUAAUGUAAACCAUCAAGAACCAUCUCCAGCAGUUAACACCCAUAACGUUAAUCAAGCAAAUUCUGUUUUGACUCCAGAACAUAAUACCAUAUCUACAAAUGAAUCUCCAAGCGCGCUAAUGACCAAUUUUGAUAACUGGGAAUCCGAAAUGGUUUGGAAAGAUGUUGACAUAUUGAUGAAUGAAUUUGCAUUUAAUCCAACUGUAUAA